AUGGCUUCUUCAAAUUUUCGUCUUUUCCAACGACUGGCGAAGGGCAACCUGGCCCCUCAUCAGAAGGAAAUAUCUUGUCGCGAAGCGACAACAUCAGCUUCUGGGGCAGUCUUGCCGGAACCUCAGAAGGUUCCUUUUGGUUUACUUGGUUUAGUUUUCGCCGUUGUUCCUGGCUUACUCAUAGGUGCCACCAUUAGCAAGAAGAUUGCUAAUUUCUUAGAAGAAAAUGACUUAUUUGUACCUUCUGAUGAUGAUGACGACGACGACUAA